AUGGGAGAGUCCACCUCAUCUCAGUCCCCCAUCAGUCCACCUCCGCCCCCCAUCAGUCCACCUCCGUCCCCCAUCAGUCCACCUCCGUCCCCCAUCAGUCCACCUCCGCCCCCCAUCAGUCCACCUCCGCCCCCCAUCAGUCCACCUCCGCCCCCCAUCAGUCCACCUCCGUCCCCCCAUCAGUCCACCUCCGCCCCCCAUCAGUCCACCUCCGCCCCCCAUCAGUCCACCUCCGUCCCCCAUCAGUCCACCUCCGUCCCCCAUCAGUCCACCUCCGUCCCCCAUCAGUCCACCUCCGUCCCCCAUCAGUCCACCUCCGUCCCCCAUCAGUCCACCUCCGUCCCCCAUCAGUCCACCUCCGUCCCCCAUCAGUCCACCUCCGUCCCCCAUCAGUCCACCUCCGUCCCCCUCCCUCACCCCUCUGUGCUGAACACACCUCAGCCCCUAUCUUCCCUCCUUCCCACCCUCAUCCAGACAGAGACAGGGCAGUGGAUGAGGAGUGACGGCUGCUGGUCUUAUCACAGUGGAAUGCUGCUGGUCGCUGUUCACAGUCUGAUAAGACUAAAUGGAACCGGGGGCAUUUCAGCAGGCUGUGGUGAAAUGACCAAACACUGA